GUCAUAGCAAACAAGUUUCGUGAGGUAGGCACCUACGUAAUCAAUGAAACAAAAAUCACAAUGGAAUGUGGAGCAAGGGAUAUCAAGGGGGGCCAAAGCUCUUUCGAGAUUCCCGCCUCAAUAAUGAGCAAUAAUGAAUCUCAUCUGAUGCUCUAGACUUUGCCGCGGAACCAAUCGGCCCCCAGAGUUACUCUGCAUAUCAGCCCGAAGUAGUGAAACUAGAGAAUAUAAGGAAAUAUCUUACAAAAAUUCUACCUGAACUAGGCCAGGUAGGCAAAGUCCCCCAGUACCCAAAUCACCUACCCCUUGCGUCGGAUCUGGUCCAGACAUUCUUCAACGUAGGAACUAAGACAUGAUUCAUGACUGUCUAGACGGUCCACGCGCCAUCAGCUGAUGAACGGAACACGCACUUUUGAGUCCACAUUCAUAGGCCCCUCCUCGAUGUCUCGUCUCGAAAGAUGUUUUGAUGGAUCUGCUAACACAUACAAAUACCACAGCCACGUCUCCUAUACUAGAGCUUAGGUUCUUGUAUCAGGGCUAGUUGUCUAUCAUUUUCCCGAUUUAUCCAAGUAACGAUGGGGAUCUUUCCGACUUUGUGGACGUGGAUAAGCUUUCUUGCAUGGCUCGUCUGUAGUGCACCACACGCGAAUCUGGCUCGCCAAUCUGCGGGAUGUACCGAGGAUUACUUCAAAGGGAUAAUCCCGGUGGGAGUCUCGAUUGAGCAAGUCCAAGAUGUAACCUCAGGCUCUUUCACGCAGAGCGGAGAUCUAGGAUAUCCAACGAUGCCCACUGGGCUACCGCCGCUAUGCGCAGUGACAGUCAGCAAUGAUACAGCAGGCUACCGGUUUGGGCUGUUCCUCCCAAACGACUGGAACGAAAGACUGCUCGUCAUAGGAGGAUAUGCGUUUCUCGGCGGAAUCAAUUGGCUGGACAUGGGGGCCGGGGCACAAUACGGCAUGGCCAGUCUUUCGACAGACACAGGGCAUAGCUCGGGUCAGGGUGACAUGACGUGGGCUACUACUGAAGAGCGAAAGGUCAAUUGGGCCUACCAGGCACUAGAAGGGUCUAUCAGUUUAGGCAAAACACUUAUACAAACUUACUAUAACGAUCGUGCUAUAGCGUAUUCCUAUUAUAGUGGUUGCUCGACAGGUGGCCGCCAAGGCCUUAAGCAAAUACAGAGAGAUCCCAACGUCUUUGAUGGAGCUUUGAUUGGUGCACCUGCCUGGGACACAAAAAAUCUGAUGCCCUGGAUUUCCAAAACCGCGACUUGGAAUCUUCCGGAGGAUGCCGCUGGAAGUAUUAGUGACAACAAUCUUUUCUUGCAGCUUCAAGCAGAGGUGUUACGGCAAUGCGACCCGCUCGACGGCGUGCGAGACAACAUCGUCAGCUCGCUCUUGGCAUGCCGAGAACAUUUCGACUUUAGCAGAAUCAGUUGCGAUGCGUUGACGAACCAGGCAACAUGCUGGACACAAGCGCAAAUAGAAACGGCGCAAAAGAUGUACAACGACUACAUCACUAGUGACGGCGACUUUGUUUAUGAGGGCUUAGAUUACAGCUCUGAAGCAGCCUGGGGGACGUUCCUCAUGCCAGCUGAUCCAAACAACGCCAAUAACGUGAGGAGGAACUUCGACGCACAAUAUGAACGGACAUUCAUGGGGUACGGUCCUGAUUGGCAAAUCACCUCCUAUAAUGACACCGUAGUAAGCGACUCUCGAGCUCGGGAUGAGAGUUCGGUGCAUGCUUCGGCAGACCAGUUUCAUCUUGGCAGUUUUAGGGAUUCUGGGAAGAUUAUCAUGUAUGCAGGCCUCGCUGAUGCGACUGUGCCCGUCAAACACACCACCCUCUAUUACAACAAAACCGUGCAGGCGAUGGGAGACAUUGACAGUUUCUUUCGGUAUUUCCAGAUCCCAGGCAUGGACCACUGUUGGGGUACUCCCAGCAACGUAAAGGCUCCCUGGAUGAUAGGAGGCGCGGGUCAAGCAGUCCAGAGACCACCAUAUGCCUCUGCACACUCGGUCCCUCUGGGCUUCAGCGAUGCCAAACACGACGCAUUGCUGGCGCUGAUAGACUGGGUCGAGAACGGCAACGCGGUGACUCAAAUCAUCGCAUCGGAGUUCAAUUUUACCGAUAGCACGGGACAACACAUUGCCUUAUACCGCCAACGACCUCUUUGCCCAUUUCCUCAAGCGGCGGUAUGGGAUGGUAAAGGGUCUCAGGAUGAGGCCUCUAGUUGGCGAUGUGCGUGAUCGUAUCUCCAGGUUAUACUCAGGUUGUAUCUCUAAAUGCAAAAGUACAUAAUUGGAAACGGUAUUGAUCUCCGAGUUCGCGAAGAGCAUUGAUGUAUGUAUCUACGAAGUUGAUAAAUUUAGUGGGGAGGUACAUACUAAGUUCAGCUGAGGCAAUUGCUCAGGGCUACUACCUGGUAGGGUUAUCAUCUUCAGCUGAGGGUUGGGCUGAUUAAUCAAACCCUCAUUGGCCCUGUAAGGAGCAUAUAUGACGUAAUUAAAUAUGUCUGGACUUUGUACAUCUGGAGUCUGGACUCGGAGUCUGAAGUCUGGAGGGGAUAUGUAUGUACCUAAGUAUCUUAUUUCAGAAGCAGGUUUCACCUGGUGUACCUGCCA